AUGGGUCGCUUGGUCUUCUCUCACUUCCUCACCAUCUCCAACUCUUCUCCACGCUUAGCAACCUCACUGUGCUAUGGUGGAUUUCAAAUCAGGCGCUGGAAAAGACCUAGUUCAAUUCCUCAACAUCGGCUUCUAAGCGCGCGUAAUGGCUCUGGUUUUCGGUGCUGCUGUAGCGCUUCGCUCUUGCAAUCCGCUGGUCCAGAGACUUCUCCGAGCUCUGUAAAAAAGAGGAUAGUGUCUGGAGUCCAGCCGACGGGUUCUAUUCACCUAGGGAAUUAUCUUGGAGCCAUAAGAAACUGGAUUCUGUUGCAGAAUACAUACGAUACUUUCUUUUUCAUUGUGGACCUCCAUGCGAUUACAUUGCCGUAUGAUGCACAACAACUAUCCAAGGCAACAAGGGAUACCGCAGCUCUUUAUUUGGCAUGUGGAGUGGACACCUCCAAGGCAUCUGUCUUUGUGCAGUCUCAUGUUCGUGCCCAUGCAGAGUUGAUGUGGCUUUUAAGCUCUGUCACACCUGUUGGUUGGCUUAAUAAAAUGAUUCAGUUUAAAGAGAAAUCACGAAAGGCGGGGGAUGAAAAUGUGGGUGUUGGUCUGUUGACUUACCCUGUUUUGAUGGCUUCUGAUAUUCUUUUAUAUCAGUCUGACUUUGUCCCAGUUGGUGAAGAUCAAAAGCAGCAUUUGGAGUUGACACGUGAGCUAGCGGAGCGUGUUAAUCACUUAUAUGGCGGAAGGAAAUGGAAAAAAUUGGGAGGGCGAGGUGGUUCAGUUUUUAAGGUUCCUGAGCCUCUUAUACCACCAGUUGGAGCACGAGUGAUGUCCCUUACUGAUGGUCUUUCCAAGAUGUCCAAGUCUGCGCCUUCUGAUCAGUCCCGGAUCAAUCUUCUUGACCCUAAAGAUGUAAUAGCAAACAAAAUAAAGAGGUGCAAAACUGACUCAUUUCCAGGCAUGGAAUUUGAUAAUCCUGAAAGGCCUGAGUGCAACAAUCUUCUCUCAAUAUAUCAGCUGAUUUCGGGAAAGACGAAAGAGGAAGUUGCAGAAGAAUGCCGAGAUAUGAACUGGGGCACAUUUAAGUCACUCCUAGCUGAUGCGCUGAUUGAUCAUCUGCAACCCAUCCAGGUUCGCUACGAGGAAAUCAUUUCUGACUCAGCUUAUUUGGAUGGAAUUUUGGCGGAAGGUGCUAUGAAAGCUGCAGGUAUAGCUGAUGCUACACUCAAUAAUGUCUACCAGGCAAUGGGAUUCUUGCAGAGAUGA